AUGGAAUAUAUUGAUGAGACUAUUUUCGAAAGGCGAUAUGGGAGAAUUGCACAACUAAUGAGGUUACCCGUACAAGCAGCAGCAAUCAAAGCCCUACUGAAUUUUUGGGAUCCUAGUUAUCGGGGUUUUACCUUUGGGAACAUUGAUAUGACACCGACUUUGGAGGAAUAUGAAAGGAUUCUAGAUUUUCCAAACGACAGCCACAGGAUCUACCUAAGGCGAAGAUUUGAAGACACAGCUUCGGAGGUAAUCAAUUUAUUAGGCUUGGGAAAGAUCAGUCAAUGUAGAGUCGCCGAGGGGGGUUUCAAAUGGAAAGUCAUUGAGGCCCGAAUGAAGAAAAAUGCUGAAGAAGGGAAGUUAGGAGAGGAACGAUACAGGUUGGUGGCCUUCGCCAUUUUUGGGCUAGUAUUGUUCCCUUCCGAAAUCGGAGUCAUCAGUUUGGAAGCAGCAAGUGUCUUCAUAGAAUACGAACGUGACCGGAUCAAUCCCUCAUCAGCCAUUUUGGGAGAAACCAUGUUAUCACUCAACCACUGCAGAAUGCAUGGAAAAGGAGCCAUGAGGUGUUGCGCCCCUAUGUUGUAUUUAUGGAUUAUCAGUCAUAUCGAAACACCAAGGGACAUUUUUAACAACUUUUGGUGGUUUGACCUGCGACCAUUAAAGGUUACCAUGGAUGAGACUUGGAAGAAUUGGGAUGAGAAAGCAUGGAUAGAUAAAUAUGCGGCAUUACCAAAGAGCAAUUUUAAAUGGAAAGCACCAUGGAUGAACAAUGCCAUCUGCACAAUGAGCUGUGGAAGCAAGAUAUGGGUUCCUUUGAUCGGUGUAACCGGGUACAUCAGUUACGCGCCCGCCCUGGUAACAAGGCAGUUAGGCGGAAUGCAGUACGCACCAAGAACUCUGGGUUUAGCUGAUUUCGUCGGUCUAUUCAAGCACCAACCCUUCCUCGAAGAGAUGGAGCUUAUCCGACAAGAUUGGGAAAGACCCCUGUUGGUAAAAAGGGAAGAAGGGAGCACGUUUGAAACAUCAUUUAGCCAGAAUUAUGCAGUUUGGAGGAAUGAAGAGCUUUCUGAAGUGAAGGUUUUCUCAAUACCAAAACAUCCAGAAUCCACAAUAGAGCAACAAAAAAGGAAAAGGACUGAUAAUGAGGAGGAGUUAAGAAAGCAGCUAGAACGAUGUGUAAUUGAUCUCAGUAAAAGUAAAGGGCAACAACAGUUAUUAGAAAGUCAGUUAGAGGAAGAAAACACGAUGAGGGUUUUCUUGAACCAGCAGUUGGAAAAACAGGAUAAGCAAUUAACAUCCUUGAAAGAAUGGCAGAAAAGGGCCGAGGUAGCGGAAGAAAUAGCAAAAGGGGUCCAGGCUGAGCUAAAGAAACGAAUGACCGAAUAUGAUGAGCUGGUUAAGAAGAAUGGGCUCGCAGAAAAAGAGUUGGCAAGGGUUAAAAGAUCAACAAAAGGCAAGAUGAAUGUUGACAAAGAGGUGAUGGAUUCCUUGAAGAAGGGAAAGAGCAUUCUUUCAAAGAAAAUAGAAGUUGAAAAGGAGAAGAAUCGGCUAGCCCAGCUCGACAUAGAAGAGGAAAGAAGGAUUAGAGCUCAAUAUAUGGUGCAGCUUGAGGAAGAGAGAAGUGCAAGAAAGGCCGCCGAGUCUGAUAUGAGAGAUUACCAGAAAAGAGCUGAGUCUUCGAAAGGAAGAAUGAUGGCUUUACAAUCUGAGAUCGAGAUACAAGUAGAAGAGUUGAGGGAGUUGAGAAGCCAUUACUUCGAGAUGGAAGAGGAGCUCAGUAAGGCUAAGCAAGAGCGUCAAGAAUGUCAGGUACGCAUAGCUGAGAGGAUAGAACAAGGGAUUAAGGCUGGGCGAAUAGCGAUGCCAGUGGAAAAGAAGGGUUUCAUUGGAAGAAAGAGAGAAGGCGAUGUUAACAAUCUGGAAGGUGGGUAUAAGGGCAAGAGAGUAGAUUUCCAUAAUCCUCAACCCGAGUUGGCUUGCGAGUACCAUGGGGGUAAUCCCGGGCAUGGGAUUGAAACCUGUUACGCCUUCAAGAAGAGGUUGUUAGAGCUUAUUAAGAUGGGAUGGGUAUCCUUUGAGGACAAGCCCAAUGUUAAUUCAAACCCAUUGCCUAAGCAUGCCCCAAAUAGAUUUCUAAAGACAAAGGUGGAGAGCCAUUCGGAGGGAUAUGAUUACUGUGAAUACCAUGGAAGAGAUGGACAUCAUAUUGAGGAUUGCAUCGAGUUUUGCGAAAAGAUUGCAAAAAUGCUAAAAAUGGGGGAGUUGAGGAUUGAACCCAUGAAGAACAGCGGUGAGGUGAGUAUGAUGGAAGGUCAAGAUGAAAUGACAGGAGUAUGCAGGAUCCAGCCAACAGCUCAUGGGCCCCCAAGGCUAAUCUUGGUUAAACCGCCCUACACAAAAGGGAAUCACAAUGCCAUGCCUUAUAAUUAUGGUUAUGCCUCUAACGUUCGAGCUCCUCUUCCUUUGUUCCAGCCUGAGAUAAGUGGUUUGACCAGGAGUGGUCGUUGCUUUACGCCCGAGGAGUUGAGGAAGUCAAAGGGCAAAGAAGUGGUAGAUCUGGACAAAGCACUAGAAGUUAAUAAGCCAGUAACGGAAGAGGAAUCGAAUGAAUUCUUGAAGUUGAUCAAGCAUAGCGAAUAUUGCAUAGUGGAUCAACUAAAGAAGACUCCAGCUAGGAUCUCCCUUAUGUCCUUGAUACUCAUGGGAAGGAUCCAUGCAACUAAUUACCUGUACUUCACGGCUGAUGAGCUUGAUGCUGAAGGUACCGGACAUAACAAGCCCUUAUACAUUACGGUUAGGUGCAAGGACUGCCUCAUAGGAAAAGUACUCAUUGAUAAUGGCUCGGCCCUUAACGUGUUGCUAAAGCACAUGUUGGAAGAAAUGCCGAUCGAUGAAUCCCAUAUUAAGCCAAGUACUAUGAUGGCCAGAGCGUAUGAUGGAUCGCCUAGGCCAAUAAUUGGGACUUUAGAAGUGGAGCUAUACGUGGGACCACAAAUGUUCCUAGUAACACUUCAGGUGCCGGAGAACACAGUGCUAAGAAGGCCAAGGAUCUCAGAAGCAGCAAGGAUGGCAAGUCUAUGCUUCUUGAACCGCGGAAUCCCAUUUCAGUAUAACCUUAUUAUCAGGAUGCCAGAAGGGGUUAAUCUGGCAAGGAUAAAAAGUGCUGCUCAAAGAUUUGGGUUAGGAUACCAACCUAACCAAAAGGAUUAUCGGUGGGCUGCUGGUCGGAGAAGGGCAAGAAGGAUGGCUAGAAUUAAAGGAAGAGAGCCUGAUGAAGAAAAGCUGGAAAUCCCUCCCCUUAGCGUGUCAUUUCCAAAAGCUGCAUACAUAAUGCAACAUGAUAAAGAAGCCGAAAGCCUUGAUCAAAAGCUGUCAAACAUGAGCAUAAAUACCUUGGGGGAAAACAAGGUGGAAGGAGAUGACAUGAAGACAGUAGCAAGAGAGGGAGAUGAAGCACUCCCACAACUGACGGUCUACACCAUAGAAGAAGUAUCCGCCAAGACCUUUGUGCCUAUGGAAGAAGAAGAGUGGGAUGAAAGCAAUAUCAGUGAAUUCACUAGGCUAGUAGAACAACAGGAACAGACUUGGAAGCCUAUCGCCGAGGAACUCGAAACCAUCAAUGUGGGCAGUGAUCAGCUUAAGAAAGAGUUAAAAAUAGGUACCCUAAUUACUUCUGAACAAAGGAUAAAAAUGAUCACCCUAUUACAAGAAUAUUCAGAUGUCUUUGCUUGGUCCUAUGAAGAUAUGCCUGGUUUGGAUACAAAUAUUGUAGUACACAAGAUACCGUUGGAAGAAGGUUGUAAGCCAGUCAAGCAGAAGCUGAGGAGGGCCCACCCGGAUGUCUGGAUCAAGGUCAAGACAGAACUCGAGAAGCAAUGGGAUGCUGGUUUUCUAGAAGUAGUUAGAUAUCCGCAAUGGGUAUCUAACAUUGUUGUGGUGCCUAAGAAGGAGGGGAAGAUUAGAGUGUGCGUGGAUUUUCGGAAUUUGAAUAAAGCUAGCCCCAAGGAUGAUUUUCCGCUACCACAUAUAGAUGUUUUAGUAGACAACGCUGCCCGGAGUUCCACAUAUUCCUUUAUGGAUGGUUUUUCAGGAUACAACCAGAUAAAGAUGGCUCCGGAGGAUAAGGCGAAAACAACUUUUGUCACACCUUGGGGGACGUUCUGCUACAAGGUGAUGCCAUUCGGGUUGAAGAAUGCCGGAGCAACCUAUCAAAGAGCAAUGGUGACUUUGUUCCACGACAUGAUGCACAAGGAAAUUGAGGUGUAUGUAGACGACAUGAUUGCCAAGUCUAAAAGGGGAGAGGAUCAUGUUGAAGUUUUGAGGAAGUUGUUUGAGAGAUUGAGGAAGUUUGAAUUAAGGCUCAAUCCUGCAAAAUGUUCCUUCGGAGUUAAAUCGGGUAAGCUGUUAGGAUUUGUGGUAAGUGAUAGAGGUAUAGAGGUGGAUCCAGAUAAAGUAAGGGCCAUCCAAGCUAUGUCAUCCCCUAAGACGGAGAAAGAAGUAAGAGGAUUCUUGGGAAGGAUAAACUACAUUGCUCGGUUCAUAGCUCAGUUAACAACGACGUGUGAACCUAUAUUCCGACUACUAAGGAAAAAGAAUCCUGGAACCUGGAAUGAGGAGUGUGAGGAGGCAUUCAAUAAAAUCAAGCAUUAUUUACAAAAUCCACCUUUACUGGUUCCUCCGGUAUCAGGAAAACCUCUAGUAUUGUACCUAACAGUGACUGAUGCAGCCAUGGGAUGUGUAUUAGGACAGCAUGAUGAAACCGGAAGGAAGGAAAGAGCUAUUUAUUAUUUAAGUAAGAAAUUCACGGAGUGUGAGUCUAGAUACACGGAGAUAGAAAGGCUUUGUUGUGCGUUGGUGUGGGCGGCAAAGAGGUUGCGACAUUAUAUGUUAUACUAUACCACUUGGUUGAUUUCAAAGGUGGAUCCUCUGAGGUAUAUUUGUAACAAGCCCUAUCUCUCAAGUCGAAUUGCAAGGUGGCAAGUUCUAUUAGCAGAAUAUGACAUAGUAUACAUGACAAGGAAAGCCGUAAAAGGAAGUGCAAUCGCAGACCAUCUGGCCGAUAAUGCUGUUGAAGAUUAUGAACCUUUGGAUUUUGACUUCCCUGAUGAAGAUAUAUUGUCAAUAGAGAAAGAAGAAGAGAAGACAGAUUGGUGGACGAUGGUUUUUGACGGUGCAGUGAAUGUAUAUGGUAACGGGGCCGGUGCGGUAAUAAUCUCUCCUGAUAAGAAACAAUAUCCAGUUUCGGUUAAACUACAUUUCGAGUGCACCAACAACACAGCUGAGUAUGAAGCUUGUAUCCUCGGUUUAGAAGCGACAUUAGAGUUGAAGAUAAAGAAGUUAGAUGUAUAUGGAGAUUCAAUGUUGAUUAUUUGUCAGGUUAAAGGGGAAUGGCAGACCAAGGAGGAAAAGUUAAGGCCGUACCAGGAAUACCUAUCCACGCUAGCAAAGGAAUUUGAAGGAAUUAGAUUCACCCAUCUGGGAAGGGAGGGGAACCAUUUUGCGGAUGCUUUGGCCACGCUAGCUGCUAUGACUACCAUUGAUCUCAAGUGCAAGGUACAACCGGUACACAUUGACAUUAGAAAUGACCCAGCUCACUGUUGCUUAGUUGAAGGAGGGAUAGACGGACAUCCUUGGUAUUAUGAUAUCAAGAACCUUGUGCAAAAUCACGAAUAUCCGGCAGAUGGAGAGAUUUUGUACAAAAGAUCAUUUGAUGGGACCCUACUAAGAUGUUUGAAUGAGGCAGAUGCUAGAAAGGCAUUACGGGAGGUCCAUGAGGGGAUUUGCUCAACCCAUGCUAGCGGGCAUAUGAUAGCGAGGAAAAUCCAAAGGGCUGGUUAUUUUUGGAUGACACUAGAGAAAGACUGUAUCGAUUAUGUCAGGAAAUGUCAUAAAUGUCAAGUUUACAGUGACAAGGUCAAUAUGCCACCAGCUCCUCUAUUUAACCUAAUAUCCCCUUGGCCAUUUGCAAUGUGGGGAAUUGACGUGAUCGGUCCUGUUAACCCAAAAGCUAGCAAUGGUCAUAGAUUCAUCCUCGUAGCUAUUGACUACUUCACAAAAUGGGUGGAAGCUAGUUCAUAUGCCCACGUAACACAGAACGUAGUGAAGAGGUUUAUAGAGAAGGACUUGAUUUGUCGCUAUGGUCCUCCGGAAAAGAUAGUGACAGAUAAUGCACAGAAUUUCAAUGGCAAAAGGAUAGCAGAGCUGUGUACUAAAUGGAAAAUCAAGCAUUCGAAUUCUUCACCAUACCGACCAAAGAUGAAUGGCGCAGUAGAAGCCGCCAACAAGAACAUCAAGAAAAUUAUUCAGAAAAUGGUAGUCACAUAUAGAGAUUGGCAUGAGAUGUUAUCAUUCGCUCUUCACGCAUACCGCACUACAGUCAGGACCUCGACAGGGACUACCCCAUAUUCUCUGGUAUACGGUAUGGAGGCAGUGAUGCCGUUGGAAGUGGAAAUCCCAUCGUUAAGAGUAUUAAUGGAUUCCGAACUAGAAGAGGCUGAAUGGGCCAAGGUGAGGUACGAGCAACUGAACCUGAUCAGUGAAAAGAGGAUGGCUGCAAUAUGUCAUCACCAACUUUACCAGAAACGAAUGGCCAAGGCAUAUGAUAAGAAGGUUAGACCGCGUUUGUUUCGAGAAGGGGAUCUAGUAUUGAAGAAAAUAUUGUCACUACCUGGAGACGAUCAAAGCAAAUGGGCACCAAAUUACGAGGGUCCUUACGUAGUAAAGAAGGCAUUCUCAGGAGGAGCGCUGAAGUUGGCUAGAAUGGAUGGAGAAGACCUAGCUCGACCUGUGAAUUCUGACUCUGUAAAAAGAUAUUAUGCUUGAUGUAGGCUCCUAAAUCAAUAAAGCAAAGUUU